AUGUUACAGAACCUGAUGAAUUCCGCAAACGCCAGGGAUUGCCUCUUACAUCUGUCGAGGGCUAAGCUCUCAGAGCGUGAAGAUCUAGUACAACUCAAUGACAAGUUUGUGGAUAUUAUUGAACAUGUCCACUACAUGGAAGCAGAACAUGCUGCAUUGGAACAUGACUACAACUUGCUCAAAAGCGGAGUUCAAUCUGAUAGUAGUGGAAUCAAUGAGAUCUAUGAGUUAGAGAUUAGAAACGUCAGAAGUGGGAUUGAAGACAUCAACAGAAACCGUCAACAACUUUUGAAUGAGCAAAGUCAUUUGUCGCAACAAGUGAAAGAAGCCGAACAGCAAUGGAGACAUACAGCAAAAGCGGCAUUGGGUGUUCCAAAAGAAGUCGAUGAUGACUUUGCCCGCAUCUGCCAAAUCAAGUAUGAAGAUUGUUUGACAAAGCGAAGAAUCAAGUACAUGGAGGAUAAGAACAGAUUGCUCAAGCAAAACAGUGGACGCAUUUUCGAGCAAAUCAACUUGAUGAGAAUGAGAACCGACCAGGCGGUUAGUCUCCAACAAGAAUAUCUUGUUCGCAAAAACGAACUUCUGAACAGUAUCCGCAAUAUGGAAGAGGACAACAAGAGAAUCAUCAUGAAUGAGCACAAGUAUUUCACCCGUGACCGUAACGCCGAUCGUCACGUCUUCCGUGACCAACUCCGCCAAUCAAUCGCCGACAUCCGUAAUGACUACGAGUUUAAGCGUGUGAGAAACGAAGAAGAGAUUCGUGUCCGUUUGGAAAGAGAAAUUGCUCGUAUCAAUGUUAGUCAACCGAUCACCUUCACUACGGACAAACUGAAGGGAGAACUUACAAUCGUCAAGACUAAUUGUCAUGAAUUGCAGCAACAAGUUUCGAAUAUUGAAAUUAGAAAUUCUACUCUGAGUCAACAAAUCGAGCUUCUUCGUCUGGAGAUAGGCGAGAAUUAUCAAUCAUUUGAUAUUAGCUUGGAUUCAAAGACCAAGGAAAUCGAAAAACUGAGAGAACAAUGCACAUCAAUCAGUGUCGAGUUGGAGAAACUUUGUGAUCUGAACAUUGAUCUCGAGAAAGAAAUUGCAGUCUACCGAAGACUUUUGGAUCAAUCUGGAAAUCCAACAGCUCACACUGGAAGCACUCAAGUUAUCGCUCGAGCUCUCAACCGCAACAACACGGAAUUUACAUCUCAUCGGAGCAGUGUUCGCUCUGAGAGCACCGUAGAAAGCGUUGUGGACAGAACACGCCACCGUGUGGAUUAUAUCUACCAAGCGCCACCUUCACAUCAGGCACCUACUCAGCCAAUUCAACCAAUUUUGGCUCCAAUUCCACCAGUUCAACCAAUCCAGCCGAACCAGUACAUUCGCGAAACGAAUGUUGAUUCCAGCAGAGACAGAUCUUACUCUCCAUAUCGCUCUGAUUCUCGUUCUCACAGCCACAGUCGCAAUUCUGUCAUUGACACUUAUACUUCUCCAUCCUACGCAUACCCAGCGGUACCAAUCACUCAAGCUCCUCCUACCCCACAACCACUUCCACCAGUCCCAACUAUCCCACUGCCACCGAUCCCAACUACUGACUACCCCGCUGAUCGCUCUCGUUUGACUACCUACGAGUCUCAAACCAUUCGAUCUCGCGAUGGAUCCAUGCACAGAACUCCAUCUCCAGGUCUCAGAAGAACCUAUGAUACGAUUGCAUCUUAUGAGCCAUACACACGUACUGACAUUGACACUUCACGCCCAGUUGUUGGUACUAUUGGUCAAACCCAUACCAGUGCUACUGGAGCAAGUGUUACCGGUUCCCAAACAGGUAUCGGACAUGGAACUACCAUUAGAGAUGAGCGUGUAACUACUAACUUCCCGCCAAUCCGCCCGAUAUCUGAAACUAUUGGAUACGACUCUAUCUAUAACAGAGGAACCGAGCACAGAAGCCAUUAUGGUCAUCAUCACCAGGCUUCUAAUUCCGUGAGCAGCAGUGCAGUUGACACUCGUGUAGAUAUCAACCAUUACUCCCCAACACCAAGAACUGUGAGACCAGAAGCCGCUCGACCAUAUCAAAAUGGCCAAAUUGAGGAUGUCAGCAGCUUUGACAGUGUUGACGAGGACAACUUCCAGAGAUUCACUAGAUGGUACAAAGGCAGAGUGAAGAUUUCGGAUGUGACCCCAGACUUCGUUCAACUUGUCAACAGAAGCUCCAAGAAAUCCGCAGAUAUUGGCGGAUUCAAACUCAUUCAUGAAUUCGGACAGAAGAGUGUUUACGUUGACCUUCCAGCUUCAUUGAUCCUUGCUCCCAAGGAAAGCUUGAAGAUCUACGCUCGUAGUGCGACUCAUGAGCGAGGAGCAGUUGUUGCUGAAAUCGACUUGUUUGACACCACCAUUCAUACCAACACUUCAAUCAGAAACACUAAUAAUGAGGUAAAAUCGUGGUUUGUUUACACCAGCAAUACAGAGAUUGGCGACCCAGAGCACCACCAUCAUUAA